AUGUUUCUGGUUCUUUCAGCCACCACGGAGCUGAGGGACUUCUUUGCCAAAGCCCGGAACGGGUCCGUUCGCCUCAUCAAAGUCAUCAUCGAGGAUGAGCAGCUGGUGCUGGGGGCGCACCGGGAGCUGGCCCGGCGCUGGGACGCCGACUACGACGCCUCGGUGCUGCCGCUGCUGGACGAGCAGCAGCCCUGCUACCUCCUCUACCGCCUGGACAGCCAGAACGCCCAGGGCUACGAGUGGCUCUUCAUCUCCUGGUCRCCCGACAACUCCCCGGUCAGGCUGAAGAUGCUCUACGCUGCAACCCGCGCCACGGUGAAGAAGGAGUUCGGAGGGGGGCACAUUAAGGACGAGAUGUUUGGGACGGUGAAGGAAGACGUGUCCCUGAGCGGCUACCAGAAGCACGUGUCGUCCUGCUCCGCUCCGGCGCCGCUCACCGCCGCCGAGCAGGAGCUCCAGCAGAUCCGCAUCAACGAGGUGAAGACGGAGAUCAGCGUGGAGAGCAAGCACCAGACCCUGCAGGGCCUGGCCUUCCCGCUGCAGCCCGACGCCCAGCAAGCCAUCCACGCGCUGAAGCAGAAGAAGAUCAACUACAUCCAGCUGAAGCUGGAUCUGGAGCGGGAGACCAUAGACCUGGUGCACACCAGCCCCACGGAGCUGGCCGAGCUGCCCAAGAGGAUCCCGCAGGACUCUGCCCGCUACCACUUCUUCCUGUACAAGCACUCGCACGAGGGAGACUACCUGGAGUCUGUGGUGUUCAUCUACUCCAUGCCUGGCUACAAGUGCAGCAUCAAGGAGCGCAUGCUGUACUCCAGCUGCAAGAGCCGCUUGCUCGACACCGUGGAGCAGGAAUUCUGCCUGGAGAUAGCGAAGAAGAUCGAGAUCGACGACGGCGCGGAGCUGACGGCCGAGUUCCUCUACGAGGAGGUGCACCCCAAGCAGCACGCCUUCAAGCAGGCCUUCGCCAAGCCCAAGGGGCCCGUGGGCAAGCGCGGCCAGAAGCGCCUCAUCAAGGGGCCCGGCGAGAACGGCGAGGACAGCUAGGCGCCCGGCGCCGCCGCACGGGGCAGGAACAGGGCUCCGCACGGGACGGCCUUCCCCCGCUCCCGCCCCUCGCUCGCCGGCCUCUCUGCUGACCCGAGGGGCGUUUUUGUCCCCCCCAUUUCAGACUUUCUUUUCCCUGCCCCUUCUCCUUUUCCUUUCCUUUCUGAACUCAGAACAGGCUGUUUCCGCCCCGGCGUGGAGCAAUGGGGAGGGGGACAGGGAACYGGGGUGUAUUUUUUGUUGUUUCUUUCCCCCAUCCUUGUGCAAGUCCCGGGGCACUCCAGGGAGCACGGGAACAGCAGGGAACGUUUGCCCAGCUUGGUCUUCCCUCCGUUUACCUGGUACAUUUUCC